GGCGGGGCUUCCGGUUUGUUCGCCGUCUCUCUAAACCGGUGCGGAAGUCGAGUUGACUCGACUUGGAAGGUCAGAGUUUAUUUGGUCAAAGCUAUUUUUAUACAUGGACAUGGUGUAACUUAGCUUUUUGAAUCACAACCCUAAGGAGGUUUUGGACUUCUUUCCCGGUAGAAAAGGCAACUUUUACGAACGUGACCACAAAAUAAAUAGCGUGUAUAUAUUUCUGUCUCCUCAUGUCCGGGUCUAAAUGCGCGCGACUGAGCGGACAGUUGGUCCGACAAGUGUUGGACUCGGUGGACUGCGUCCUGUUCGACUGCGACGGCGUCAUCUGGCGGGGGGACAAGGCCAUCCCUGGCGCCCCUCAGGUGGUCAAACUACUCAAGCAACAUGGCAAGAGAGUCUUUUUCGUCACCAACAACAGCACCAAGACGAGGAAGAUGUACGCGGACAAAAUGUCCACGCUGGGCUUCGACGUGACCGAGGACGAGGUGUUCGGGACGGCGUACUGCUCCGCCGUGUACCUGCAGACGGUGUGCAAGCUGCAGGGUAAAGUCUACCUCGUCGGCAGCGACGCCAUGAAGCAGGAGCUGGAGGCGGUGGGGAUCCAGCAGACCGGCCUGGGACCGGACCACAUCUCCGGGAAGCAGACCGACUGGGCGAGGGUGGCGCUGGACCCGGAGGUGAAGGCUGUGUUGGUGGGUUUUGAUGAACAUUUCAGCUACAUGAAGCUCAACCGAGCCUUGCAGUACAUCACCAGGUCGGAGUGUUUGUUUGUGGGAACAAACAGGGAUUCCAGGCUGCCUCUGGAGGGGGGCACCGCUGUCCCAGGAACUGGAUGCCUGCUGCAAGCUGUCGAGACCGCAGCCCAGCGCCAGGCCGCCACGGUGGGCAAACCCAACCGCUUCAUGUUUGACUGCGUGGCUUCGAAAUUCGGCGUAGACCCCGGCCGCUGCCUGAUGGUGGGCGAUCGCCUGGACACGGACAUCAUGUUGGGCUCCAACUGCGGCCUGAAGACCCUCCUCACCCUCACCGGGGUCAGUACGGUGGCCGAGGCGGAAGCCAUUCAGAAGAGCGGCUGCGCGGAGAGGCAGGGGAUGGUGCCGGAUUAUUACGUGGAGAGCAUUGCAGACCUUCUUCCAGCCCUGCAGGGAUGAGACCACCAGGACUCAUGCGGCACAGGAAAUUGGCUAAUCUAAUCAUAGUCUUCCAUAUUACCAUCCCUAUGACUACCAUGCUUUUGUGGCGUGAUUAGAGGACACAAAAACUAUAUUUACACUAAAUCAUGUUAAGUGGGCCAUCAUGGAUCAAAUGAGCUAGAAUUAAAUAAGUACCAGUAUUAAAAUAAGAUAGUUAGCUUUAGAUUGAUUUAUAUUUCCACGUUCUACAAAUAUGUGAGAGACAAAUAAAAAAAGAAAGAUAACAUUUAUAGAAGAAAUUACUGUAUUUUUUGGACUAUAAGGUGCACUUAAAAUCCUUUCAUUUUCUCAAAAAUCGACAGUGCGACCUAUAACCCGGUGCAACUAAUGUACCCUUUAAUUCUGGUUGUGCUUACCGACCUCGAAGCAAUUUUAUUUGGUACAUGGUAUGUAAUGAUAUGUGCGGCCAGUAGGUGGCAGUCACACAUAAGAGAUACAUGUGGAUUGCAGGUUGACUGACAUAUCUUCAAUAAAUGACGCGAGCAAGUACCCGUAAGCAAAUAACACCAUUGAUUGAUUGAUUGAUUGAUUGAGACUUUUAUUAGUAGGUUGCACAGUGAAGUACAUAUUCCGUACAAUUGACCACCCGAAUAAGUUUUUCAACUUGUUUAAGUCGGGGUCCACUUAAAUUGAUACCAGACCAGAACUUUUAUGUUUCAUUGAGAAUAUAGAACAUUACACUUGUUGCUCAAAAAUCUGUCAACAUUUUUUAGUAUGACUUUGGUAAGCUACGAAGCCGCACCGCUUGAUGGAAAGCAGAGUAUUACAGAUACUGUAGUCGUACGUACUGUGUUUCAACAUAUGGGUAUUAUUAUGUGUAUAAGGAUAGGUAAAAGGUCAAACAUAAUCUAUGCAACAUUUUGACCAAAGAACCACCAUUACAUGUUAUGUAGACCACAAGGAAGCGUUUUAAAUGUAGAAAAUAAAAUCAUAAUAUGACCGCUUUAAUGCGCCUUAUAAACUGGUGCGCCCUAUGGUCCGAAAAAUACUGUAAUAUGUUUCUUUGUGGCCCUUUACAGUGAAAUGAACCACAUUUGGUAUCUUACAGCAAAAGUAUUUAUAUAAGAUUAAUUAUUAAAAUAAAUUAUUGUAGGUGGGAGACCACGGGGAAGACCCAGGGCAUGGUGGAGAGACUAUGUCUCCCAGCUGGCCUGGUAACGCCUCAGGAUCCCCCGGGAAGAGAUGGACAAAGUAGCUGGGGAGAGAGAAGUCUGGUCUUCUCUGCUUAGGCUGCUGCCCCCGCGACCCGGCUUCUUCGGAUAAGAGGAAGAAGAUAGUAUUGUUUAAUUAGAAAUAUUAAAAAUUAGUUUUUGUAAAGGAACAUUUUUUGCCGAGAUAAGUGAAACCUCAUAGUGUUUUUUUGUUUUUAAAGUAAUUUCUCGGUAUAGUGUCAGUGUUCAAUGUGUAAACUGUCCCGAUUAUUACCAGACAGUAUUUUACUAACAAGAGACAUACAUGGGAUGUCAUCACUCUGAAUAAACAACUAAA